AUGAGACCUGAAAAGCUUCCGUAUCGGAGGAAGAAAGAUGCACCUCAUGGUCUUAACACUCGACAUAGUUACCCAGUUUUUAAACCUAUUGAAGAUGUCUCCAUAACGAGACCUACAAAGCUUCCAUUCCGUAGAAAGAAAGAUGUAUCUCAUGAUGUCUCUAUAGCUAGAUCUAUACAUCACCAGUUCGGAGACAUCACACACAAUAACGUAGGUCAAAUCGAAAGGAUGAAUAGAAUGCGUGUUUUGAGAUCCCGGAAAACGGAGAAGGAUAACCAAGAAACUUUGCUACUACCUGGAUUACAAGAAGAUUUUGUAUGUUAUAUUGCUACUGAUUCGGAGUCAAAUAGAGGAAGCGAGAAUGAUAUGUCUACCGACGAGUCUGAGACCGAAUAUGGUGAUGAUAAUACAAUGUCUAAUAAUGUAAUCGGCGGAUUUACGGCUGUAAGAGCUGGAUUACAAGAGAACGGGUAUUACGAUGAUGGAGAUCCGUUUUAUAUCUGGGGCAAGGUUAACCAUUCUAUUAAUGAUGGUGCUGGACCAUAUCUGUUUCAAAUGUGUGGAGAAAACUAUCAUCGUAUUGGUGAUAUUUUGCCAGAACCGGGGAAAACACCUAUGUUCUUACAACUAUAUAUUCAUGAUAUACAGAAUGAGGUUUCUAAUAGAAUAAGUGCAUACGGAAGAUCUGGAUCGACUGAAAAUUUGAGGCCUGACACUGUAGAGCUAAUCAAGAAGAUGCUUGAUAAUCAUAAUCCACACGUCCGGGCUUUUAGGUCAGCAAGAGAGAGAUUCGAUAUGGAUUGCGGUGUUGAAGAUUUAAAAUUACGUUUGCCUUCGGAUAGAGCUUCUGAUGCGAGAACUCAUAAUUUACCUACCUGCAAUGAGGUGGCUGCUUUAAUUCCAGGUGAUUUUAAUUGCGGUGAGAAUAAGCGUGAUAUUGUUAUAGAAGGUCGUUCAGGCAAUUUACAAAGAAUAAGCGAGCUUCAUCCGGCAUAUUUACCUUUACAAUAUCCUUUGUUGUUUCCAUAUGGAGAGGACGGUUACCGGUUAGGGAUUGACAUAGGUUUUAUAGAUACUGCUGGACGGAAAAGGAAAACCGUGAGCAUGAGAGAGUUUUAUGCUUAUCGAAUUUUAGAGAGAUAUGGAGAAGCUUCUACGAUUGUCAUGUCCGGAAAAUUAUUCCAGCAGUUCUUAGUGGAUGCCUUCACGACUAUAGAAUCAAACAGAUUAAAUUAUAUUUGGAUGAACCAAAAAAAACUUCGGACAGAAAGAAUAGAUAAGAUACUCGAAGCUGCUGAUAAAGGACGUACUGAUCUUUCAGAGCAUGGGAAAAGGAUUUACAUACCUUCGUCGUUUACUGGAGGAAAACGGUAUAUGAUGCAGCAUUAUUUAGAUGCAAUGGCCACUUGCAAAUUCUUUGGUUUUCCCGACCUUUUUAUAACGAUAACUUGCAAUCCUAAGUGGCCUGAAGUUGUGCGUUAUAUUACUAGACAUCGUCUUAAACAAGAGGAUAGACCAGAUAUUUGUUGCCGGGUUUUUAAGAUGAAAUUAGAUAAGCUCAUGCAUCAAGUCACCAAAGAGAAAACUUUCGGUACGAUGAAUUCUGCUAUGUAUACAAUAGAAUUCCAAAAAAGGGGACUACCACAUGCGCACAUGGUUUUAUUUUUGCAUCCGGAUUUUAAAAUGCGCACAACGGACGACAUAGAUAAAUUCAUAAGUGCCGAAAUACCGGACAAAGAAGUGGACAAGUAUUUAUAUGAAGUUGUUUCUGAUGUUAUGAUUCAUGUACCUUGUGGACGUCAACACAACGAUAGUCCUUGCAUGAAGGAUGGUAAGUGCACAAAGUUCUUUCCAAAACCAUACGUAGAAAAUACUGUGAUAGAUGAUGCUGGUUAUCCAGUAUACAGGCGGAGAGAUGAUGGAAGAAUUGUGCAUAAGAAAGGUUUCGACUGUGACAACAGAUACGUUAUUCCGUAUAAUCGUGAAUUGUCGAUUCGUUAUCGUGCUCACAUAAAUGUAGAGUGGUGUAACCAGUCACGGUCAAUAAAAUAUCUGUUCAAAUAUAUCAGCAAAGGUCCAGAUUAUAUUAGAGCAUCAGUAGGAGAAGAGGAUGAAGAAAAUGAAAUCAAACAAUAUUUUAACUGCAGAUAUGUAUCAGCAUGCGAAGCUACGUGGAGAAUAUUAGCGUCCCCGAUAUGUUAUCGUACAACACCUGUUGAAAAAUUGCCCUUCCAUCUUCCUGGCCAGCAAUUGGUUAUUUAUAACAAGGAUGAUCCUAUAGAAAAUGUUAUGUCACGUUCAACAAAUGGAGGAAGCAAAUUCUUAGCAUGGAUGGAAUGCAAUAGAAUUGACCCUGAAGCUAGAAAGUUAACGUAUGCUGAAUUUCCGACCGCUUAUGCAUGUUUCGAAUUCUUGAAAACGGUUAACGGAGUUCUUUACGGAGAAUUUAAAGAUGCUUGCUAUGCAUUAGGAUUAUUGGAUGAUGACAAAGAAUAUAUUUCAGCUAUAAAGGAAGCAAGUUUCUGGUGUCUUGGCAAGUACUUAAGGAAGCUAUUUGUGAUACUAUUGAUUUCGAAGAGUGUAUCUGUUCCGUUAAAUCUUUGGCUCGCGACAAGAGAUAUACUAUGCGAAGAUAUUUUAUUUCUCCAUAGGAAUCGCAUGAAUGAUCAAGGUCUUAUGUUAACACAAGAUCAAAUACGGAACAUAUGUUUGUCGGAAAUCGAAUUGCUUAUGCGUUCGAAUGGCACUUCUCUUUCCGUUUUUACUAAUAUGCCAAGACCAGACGAUAGUGUGAUAAAUUCAAAUGAAAAUCGGCUUAUUAUGGAUGAGAAAAAUUAUAAGCGUCAUGAACAAAAGAAAGAUUACAACAGACUGUUUGGUAUGUUAACUGAAGAGCAAAGACGUGUUUACCAAGAAAUAAUCGACUCGGUAAAUAAAAACAAGGGUGGAAUGUUUUUUGUGCAUGGAUUCGGUGGUACUGGAAAAACUUUCUUGUGGAGUAUCCUUGGAGCUGACAUUCGAUCUAAAGGUAAUAUCGUUCUAAAUGUUGCAUCAAGUGGAAUCGCUGCUUUGCUAUUGGAAGGUGGUAGGACAGCUCAUUCUAGGUUUGGUAUACCUAUCAAUAUAAACGAAUAUUCAAUGUGCUCGAUAGAUGCAGAGUCCGAUCUUGCAGAAUUGAUAAGAGAAGCGAAACUCAUUAUAUGGGACGAGGCACCGAUGAUGAACAGACUUUGUUUUGAAACUUUGGAUAGGACUUUGCAAGAUAUUAUGAAGUGCAAUAGGAUUUUUGGAGGUAAGGUCGUAGUUUUGGGAGGUGAUUUUAGACAGAUUCUCCCAGUAAUUCCUGAGGGUGGAAGGGUCGCAACUGUGUUGGCGUCUAUAAACUCAUCAUUGCUUUGGCAAAGCUGUAAAGUUUUAAAGCUUACACAAAAUAUGCGCUUACGAGAAGGCGUUAAUAACGAGCAAUCUGUUGCUCUCGCCGAGUUCUCAAGGUGGUUGCUCGAUAUUGGUGAUGGUAAAAUCAAUGAGCCAAACGAUGGUGAGGUCGAAAUAGAAAUACCUGAAGAUUUAUUGAUAACAGCAGCUGAGGAACCUAUUCAAGCAAUUGUUAAGGAAAUCUAUGGUAAUUCUUUUGCUAAAGAGAAGGAUCCAAAAUUCUUUAGGCGAAGAGCAAUUCUUAGUCCAAGGAACGAAGAUGUUGAUAAAAUCAAUCAAUAUAUGCUUUCUCAACUACCAGGUGAAGAAAGACGUUAUUUUAGUUCAGAUUCCAUUGAAACGUCGGAUACAAGUGUUUUCGACGAUAUGGUCUACUCGCAGGAAUUUUUAAAUAGUAUCAACGUCUCAGGAUUGCCUAAGCAUGAAUUAACAUUGAAGAAAGAAGCCCAUAUCAUGUUGCUAAGGAAUAUAGAUCCUAAAGGUGGUUUGUGCAAUGGUAUAAGGUUGAUUGUUACUCAAAUGGCUGAUCAUGUUAUAGAGGCAAGGAUAGUAACAGGUAACAGUGUAAACGAAAAAGUACUUAUCCCUAGAAUGUUUGUGUCUCCGCCAGAUGCAAAGUUUCCUUUCCGUAUGAGGCGUCGUCAGUUUCCUGUGACUCUUGCGUAUGCGAUUACUAUUAACAAAAGCCAAGGUCAGACGCUGGAAUACGUUGGAUUGUUUUUACCAAAACCAGUCUUUACACAUGGACAGCUAUAUGUUGCAUUAUCUAGAGUGACGACGAGAAAUGGAUUGAAGAUUUUGAUAACUAAUGAAGACGGUGAAUGUCAGAACAAGACCCUUAACGUAGUCUUUAAAGAAAUCUUUGAUAACAUUUAA